ACAUAACAAGGCUGAUCCAGUUAGAAAAUAUUUGACGGCAUUUUACCUUUAAAGUUUCUUAUUUAGUUUGCCACGUGUUAUUGAUUCUCUCUUUUAUCUCCCAUUAAUUUAUUUAUUAAUAACAAACAAUGUCAAAAAAUACGAAAGAUGAGGGUAAAUACGUUGAUUUGCCCGGUAAUGUAGAUAACGUGGUUGUGAGGUUCCCUCCUGAAGCCAGUGGAUAUCUUCACAUUGGUCAUGCCAAAGCUGCUUUACUCAACCAACAUUAUCAACUUAUUUACAAAGGUAAAUUAAUUUUCCGCUUUGAUGACACUAAUCCAGAAAAAGAAAAAGAAGACUUUGAAGAAGUAAUUCGUGAAGACUUGAAAUUACUGGCAGUCAAACCUGACAUUUGUUCCUAUACAUCUGAUCACUUUGAUCUUAUCCUUGAACAAUGUGAAAAAUUACUUAAGCAAGGAUUAGCUUAUGUUGAUGACACGCCAGCUGAGCAGGUCAAAGUGGAAAGAGAGGCUCGGCAGGAGUCAAAAAAUCGUGGAAACAGUGUUGAAAAAAAUCUCCAGCUAUGGAAUGAAAUGAAAAUUGGAACUGAAUUAGGAAAAAAGUGCUGUGUUAGAGCUAAAAUUGAUAUGGCCUCUAAUAAUGGUUGCAUGAGGGAUCCGGCUAUAUUUCGAUGCAAAGAAAUGGCUCAUCCUAAGACGGGUAACAAAUACAAAGUUUACCCUACUUAUGAUUUUGCUUGUCCAAUCGUCGACAGCUGUGAAGGUGUUACUCAUGCAUUGCGAACCACAGAAUAUGAAGACCGAGAUGAACAGUUUGCGUGGUUUAUCAAAGCGCUUGGACUGAGAGAUGUCAAUAUUGUAUCUUAUGCUAGAUUGAAUAUGAUGAAUACCGUUUUGUCAAAACGAAAACUGACAUACUUUGUAGAGGAAGGAAUUGUGGAAGGUUGGGAUGACCCUAGAAUGCCAACUGUUCGUGGCAUAAUUCGUCGUGGUCUGACCAUUGAUGGACUCAAACAAUUCAUUAUUGCUCAAGGUUCAUCUAGGUCAGUAGUUUACAUGGAUUGGGAUAAACUUUGGAGCUUUAAUCGUAAAAUUCUUGAUGCCAAUUGUACCCGGUUAAUGGCAAUCGAAGCUGCCAAUCAUGUUGUUUUGAAUCUUAAUUGUCCUGAUGGCACUGUCCAAAUACCAGCUCACCCAAAAAGAACAGACUUGCCAAUGCUUAAUGUUUCUAUUGGACCUAAAUUACUUAUUGAACAGUUUGAUGCUCAACAAAUCAAGAAAGGAGAUAAAGUUACUUUAAUGGGAUGGGGUAAUAUUUUGGUCCAAGAUGUUAAUAAAGGUUCCAAUGGUCAAGUUAUUUCAAUUGAUGGCCAAUUAUCACUGGAGGAUAAAGAUUUCAAGAAAACACUGAAGAUUUCUUGGUUAAAGGCAGACACGUCUGUUGUUGCUAAAUUUAUAUACUAUGAACAUCUUAUUCUUAAACCUUGUCUCGACAAAGGAGAUGAUUUCAAAGACUUUAUCAAUAAAGAAAGUGUCAAGCAAGUAGAAUUCUUGGUCUCUGAUACUUUCCUUCGUGAACAGAAGAAAGGAAAAGCAUUUCAAUUUUUGAAACGUGGAUACUUCAUCGUCGAUGAGGAAUACGAUGAAAAGACGAUAGCUCAUGUCGGUAAACCACAGCCAGCCGUUUUAAUUUCUAUUCCUGAUGGUACUACUGAUCUAAAUAUUUUCCCUCAAGAUGUGAUUGAAUGGAAAAAGAAGAUUCGAGAUGAAAGCUUAAAAUUGGUUCAAGAUAUCUCGAAAGGAAAAUCCAAGAAAUCAACGGAGGUCAAAAACUCAGUCGAAAAUAACCAGGCACAGCAGAUUGACUAUGGUACAAUUGAUGCUUCCAGUGAGCUUGGACGUGUAGUUCAAGGAAUUCAGAUUAUUGGCAACAACAUUCGCCUGUUGAAGUCAGCUAACGUGGAUAAAAAAAUAAUUCAAGAAAAUGUAAAGCUUCUUCAAAUAAUGAAAGAUAGUUUCAAGACUUUGACUGGUAAAGAAUAUGUACCACCACCUCAGCCCGUGGUCGAGAAAAAGCCACAAUCAAAUGCUUCUGCAAAAGAUUCAGGAAGUAAUUCUGGUGGAGCGGGUGAAAUUAAUCAACUAAUCAACGACAUAAAAUCUGUUGGUGACAAAAUUCGUCAAUUAAAAGCUGAUAAAGCAGAUAAAAAGAUUGUUCAAGAAAAUGUUCAAGUGCUUUUAGAUCUUAAAGGAAAAUUCAAAGCUCUUACUGGUCAAGAAUAUGUACCAGGUGCUCAGCCUGUAGUUGAACAAAAGCCCCAAUCCAAUAAUUCUGGUGCGGACAAUGAAGUCGCUCAGCUUAAUAAUGACAUCAAAUCUGUUGGUGAUAGCAUUCGUCAAUUGAAAGCUGACAAAGCAGACAAAAAGGUUGUUCAAGAAAAAGUGAAAAUUUUACUAGAGUUGAAAGAAAAAUACAAAGCACUCACUGGUAAAGAUUAUGUACCAACUCCUCAACCUGUUGUUGAACAAAAGCCACAACCGAGUGCUCCUGUUAAAGAACCAGGAAAUAAUUCUGGUGCAGAAAAUGAAACUCAACUUAACAACGAAAUAAAAUCAGUUGGUGACAAAAUUCGCCAGUUGAAAGCUGAUAAAGCAGACAAAAAGGUUAUUCAAGAAAAUGUUCAAGUGCUUUUAGAUCUAAAGGCAAAAUUCAAAGCUCUCACUGGUAAAGAAUAUGUACCUGGUGCUCAGCCCGCAGUUGAACAAAAGCCCCAAUCCAACAAUCCUAUUAAAGUUGCAGGAGACAAUUCUGAUAAAGAAAAUGAAAUCACUCAACUAAACCAUGGCAUUAAAACAGUUGGUGAUAAUAUUCGUCAAUUAAAAGCUGAUAAGGUGGAUAAAAAGAUUAUCCAAGAAAAUGUUCAAAUUCUUUUAGAUCUUAAAGCAAAAUAUAAGGAAAUAACAGGAACAGAAUGGGUUCCACAGCCAGCUAACCAAACUCCUCAGACCAAACCCAAUCAAUCUAAUCAGACCAGUAAACCAAAACAAGCCAAAGACGCCAAGAAAAGUCCCGCCAAAGAUACACCAAAAGAAGAGAAAGCUGGUGUCAAAAAACAAACGCGAUUAGGAAUUGAAUCCAAGAAAGAUGAGAACCUUGCUGAUUGGUAUACAGAAGUAAUAACCAAAUCAGAAAUGAUUGAAUACUAUGAUGUUAGUGGCUGUUAUAUCCUGCGUCCUUGGGCUUAUGCUAUAUGGGAAAUGAUUCAAAAAUUUUUGGAUAAUGGCAUUAAAUCUCUCGGAGUCGAGAAUGUCUAUUUUCCAAUGUUUGUUUCACAGGCAGCACUCGAAAAAGAAAAAACUCAUAUCGAAGACUUUGCUCCUGAAGUAGCUUGGGUUACAAAGUCUGGACAAUCCGAUUUAGCUGAGCCCAUAGCCAUUCGUCCUACUUCAGAAACUGUAAUGUACCCAUCUUUUGCCAAAUGGUGCCAAUCACAUCGUAGUUUGCCUAUUAAAGUAAACCAAUGGUGUAAUAUCGUUCGUUGGGAAUUUAAGAAUCCAACUCCUUUCUUACGAACCAGAGAAUUUCUUUGGCAAGAAGGACACACAGUUCACGCUGAUAAAGAGGAUGCGGUCAAGGAAGUUUAUCAAGUGUUAGAUCUAUACACUGCAGUCUAUGAACAUUUACUAGCUAUACCAGUGAUAAAAGGCAGAAAAACAGAAAAGGAAAAGUUCGCUGGAGGAGAUUUCACUACAACAAUUGAGGGUUAUAUUCCAAGUAAUGGGAGAGGUAUUCAAGCUGCCACUUCACAUCAUCUUGGUCAAAAUUUCAGUAAAAUGUUCGAGAUCAUUUUUGAAGACCCCAACGAACCCGGUAAAAAGUGUUAUGCAUACCAGAACUCGUGGGGACUAACAACUCGAACUAUUGGUGUCAUGAUUAUGGUGCACUCUGAUGAUAAAGGACUUGUGUUGCCACCAAAUAUUGCACCCUAUCAAGUAGUAAUAGUGCCUUGCGGAAUAACAGCAACAACAACAGAUGAGGAGAAGACUAAAUUGUACGAGGAAUGUAACAAAUUGGCUGCAUCAUUGACCUCAGCUGAAAUAAGAUGUAAAUGUGAUCUUAACGAUCAUUACUCUCCAGGUUGGAAAUUUAAUCAUUGGGAAUUGAAAGGUGUACCAAUAAGAAUUGAAUUGGGUCCCAAAGACUUGAGUAAAAAACAAUUCGUAGCUGCUCGUCGUGAUACAGGAAACAAAGUUACUUAUAAUUUGGACUCAUCAGUAGAUUCAAUCAAAAAACUUUUGACGACUAUUCAUGAUAAUUUGUUCAAUGUAGCCAAAAAGUCUAGGGAUGACCAUCUGUCUGUUGUGUAUGAUUGGAAUGAUUUCUUGACCAAAUUGGAUCAAAAAUACUUUCUGAUUGCUCCUUUCUGUGGUGAACCUGUCUGUGAAGAGCUGAUUAAGAAAAACAGUGUCAAAGUCGAUCAAUCUGAUUCUAGUGGACCUUUAAUGGGUGCUAAAUCACUUUGUAUACCUUUUGAUCAACCUAAAGCCAUAGAUGAUGGAAUGAAAUGUGUAAAUCCACACUGUAAAGCGAAACCAUCAUUUUUCACUUUAUUCGGUAGAAGUUACUAGAGGUAUACAAUGCAAUAAAAAACUAAACAAUCGAGAAGAGAAAUGUCAUUCAAAUAUUUAAAAGUUUUUUAACUCAAAAUUUGAUAAAUAUAAUAAACAAUUAAAAAAAUA